AAUUCCUACGCAUUGCGUACCUUCACUCUCACAUCACUCACUCCUCCUACUCCAAUCCCCAAUCUCCUUCUACUAGUCCCCACCUGUUAUAAAUACGUCCACAUCUUCUGUCUACUCGGCAUCCAAUUCCAUCAGCAGAAAAGAGUAAAGAAGAUCGUGCAGAGAGGCAUUCAAUCAAAGGAGCAAAGAGCCAUGGCCACGCUUUCUCCCAGCUGCUUGCUUCUCCCCACUGCCAUCAUGGCCCUACUCCUCUUCUCCCUCCCGACCCCGUCCAUCUCCGGCGACCCGGACCUCCUCCAAGACAUCUGCGUCGCCGACCUCACAUCCUCCGGCGGCCUCAAGCUCAACGGCUUCCCCUGUAAAGCCGCCGUCUCGGCAGACGACUUCUACUUCAAGGGCCUGGCGACCGCCGGCGACACCAACAACACCUUCGGCUCCGCCGUGACCGGCGCCAACGUGGAGAAGCUCCCCGGGCUCAACACGCUGGGCGUCUCCAUGGCCCGGAUCGACUACGCGCCCGGCGGCGGGCUCAACCCGCCGCACACGCACCCGCGCGCCACCGAGGUCGUCUUCGUCCUCCACGGCGCCCUCGACGUCGGCUUCGUCACCGCCGCCGGGAACAGGCUCUUCUCCAAGACCCUCGUCGCCGGCGACGUCUUCGUCUUCCCCCGUGGCCUGGUUCAUUUCCAGAAGAACAAUGGCGAUGUUCCUGCCUCUGUCAUCUCGGCUUUCAACAGCCAGUUCCCCGGCACGCAGUCCCUCGCCAUGGCGCUCUUCGGGGCGAACCCCGAGGUGCCGAACGAUGUGCUUACCAAGGCGUUCCAGGUUGGGACCAAGGAGGUGGAGAAGAUCAAGUCCAGGCUUGCCCCCAAGAAAACAGCUUGAGAUCGAAGAUGUUGUUCCUGCAUUGUUGAUUCGAUCCUCAUUGAGUCAUUGUGUAAUGCUGCCUGGCCUGCACCAGCUGCAGCAAGUACAAAACUAGCUAGUAGGUGUUGCUUGUAAUAAGACAGGAGAUCGUUUCUUCAUUCCAAAUUCAAUCAUUUGACUAUUAUCGUGACUUGUGUGCUGUA